GUUAGCCACUAGUUAUAUAGCAAAAUAUAUUAUAAACACACAAAGAGACAUAGAGAGAGAGAGGAGAGAAUAAACAAAAGAAAAUAUGAGGUUGGCUGCAAUCUUCUUGGCUUGUUGUAUCUUAUCCUCUUUACUCCCAAGCCACUUCUCUCAAGGUGAAGAACUAAGUGUGACUGCUGGGCAGAUAAAGCCGUGGUGCCCAUCAAAAAAACAAGCGUUCAGUGGUUCAUGCUCAAAUGAUGGAGCACAACAAUGUGUAAAUGACUUGUUAAAUACUUGGUAUCCAUAUGUAAGGCUUAGCCCAAUCUCCUGCACUUGCACUUCUCAGGCUAACAACAUGCGUCUCUGUAGUUGUCCUAAUAUGAUUUGCAAAUAAAAUUUUUCUUCUAAUUAUAAUACCCCAAACUGUUGUUCUAAACAAUUUUCAUAUCUAUCUGUAAUAUUGUUUAAAUUCCCAUGAGAUAAUAAUAUAAUUGCAUCUCCAAAUUAAAUUAGA